AUGGAAGAGUCGCCGUACGCGACAAGGGAGCAAACCAGAAAGAUGGCAUUCCUAGCAUGCGUGAUCAACGAAUCUCUCCGCUUGUACCCUCCUGUGUCACUCAAUAACCACGGAGAUGUUGUGACUACCGUUCUUCCGAUAGAUGGUGGCUCCAACGUAGAUAGGCUAAUAUUCGCCACGAAGAGUGAACUUGUGGUUUUUCGUCAGCAUGUGAACUCGAGAAAGAAGGCUAUAUACGGCCAAGAUGCAGACAAUUUCUGCCUGAGAGGUGAGAAACAGGAGAACUAG